AUGGCCGCCGCUUCACUCUCUCUUCUCUUCGUCACUCUCCUCUUCCACUCCCAUUCCCCGGCCACCGCCGCCGCCGUACCCAACAGGGGCGCAUUGGAGAUCAUCAUCGGCGGCGAAACUCCCUCUCCGCCGGAUUACGGCGACUGCCCUCCACCGCCUCCUCCUCCCGAACCAAUUUGCCCACCUCCGGCCAAUUUCCAUUAUCCUCCUCCACCACAGCAUCCUCCUCCGACUCCAAGCCCGCCGCCAUAUCCCAAACCACCUCCGCCUCCGCCGACUCCCAAACCCUCUCCUCCUCCUCCUCCUCCGACUCCAAAACGCCCUCCGACGCCGGGAUUCGAGAACGAGCGAAUCGCCAAGGCCUUCAAGGUAAUACAGAGAUUCAGGAAAAAAAUCAAAUGCGAUCCGCAACGCAUUACCGAUUCCUGGCGAGGAAACGACGUCUGCAGCUACAAAGGCUUCCGAUGCGCCGUCCGCCCCGACAUCAACACGAAAGCCGUCGCCGCCGCCGAUUUCAACGGCUACGGAUUCGGCGGCGACGGAGACGACCUCCCGCUCCAAGGAUUCCUCGACGAGCUCGAGGACCUCACCCUGUUCCACGCCAAUUCCAACAACUUCACCGGCAAGAUCCCGCCCAACCUCGGCUCCAAGAUCAAGUACUUCUACGAAAUCGACCUCAGCAACAACAAGUUCGCCGGCGGUUUCCCCCACGAGAUCCUCGACGCCCACAACGCCUCCUUCAUCGACCUCCGGUACAACCGAUUCUCCGGCAGAGUCCCCAGCCGGAUCUUCCAGCAGGAUCUCGACGUCCUCUUCCUCAACAACAACGGCUUCACCGGCCCGCUCCCCGAGACCGUCGGCGACACCCCGGCCCUGUACCUCACCUUCGCCAACAACCGAUUCUCCGGACAGAUUCCUAAGAGCAUCGGCAGGUGCAGGAGCCUGCUGGAGGUUUUGUUCCUCAACAAUCAGUUCUCCGGCUGCUUGCCGACCGAAAUUGGGAACCUGACCCAGGCGAGGAUAUUCGACGCCGGCGAUAACAAGCUCACCGGCCCAAUCCCCCACUCGUUCGCUUGCUUGGCGGACAUUAAGGACCUGAAUUUGGCGAGGAACCAGCUGUACGGCGCCAUUCCAGAGAGCGUCUGCCAGCUACCGAAGCUCGCCAAUCUGUCGCUUUCCUCCAAUUACUUCACCCAGGUGGGGCCCGCGUGCCGGGAUCUCAUCAAGAAGAAGGUUCUGGAUGUCCGCCACAACUGUAUUCUGGAUCUCCCGGGGCAGAGGUCGGCGGCGGAGUGCGGGAUGUUCUUCUCCAACAAGCACACUUGCCCCAACGAGAAGACGUUGAUGAGCUACGUCCCCUGUAAGGGCGGCUCCGGCGGCGGGAAGAAUUCCCACCAACAAUCGACGACGGCGGCGGAGGCAGAGGAAUUGUCGACGGCUCCGGCGCCGUCGCCGUCGUCGUUUACAUAUCAUGCUUUGAGGCCGCACAUGUUGAGAUGA